AUGAAUGAAUUAUAUAACAUGAAGAACUUUUGUGCGUAUCCAACUCAGCUUCUUGGAUGCACUGAAAGAAUAUCUCAACAUGCAUCAAUUGGAGAGCAACGUUCAAGAAAAGGACGUUGCGCAAUGCUUUUAUUCCAAGGAAUUGAAAGAGACCAAGUUGUUUCAAUUUAUGCCAAUAAAGAGGUUUGGGUGGGUCGUCAUGAGCAAUGCGACCUUGUAGUGAAUCAAAAAAUGGCAAGUAACCAUCAUUUUAGGAUUUAUACGGUUUCAGUAGAACAUGGAUUUGAUCAAACACAAGAAAUUGAACAAUUAUGUUAUUGUGAAGAUUUGAGUCUUAAUGGAACUUAUCACAAUGGAAGAAAGAUUGGGAAACAUCAUAUUGUUUUAUUGAGUAACGGGGACAAAUUAGAUAUUCGGCAUUGUGCAUCAUUUAUCUUUCAACAAGAGCAUACAGUAACAAAUAUUUUGAAAAAGAUUGAUCAGGAUAUUGAGGUAUUUCAAGACAAGUAUGAAAUUACACCACGAUUACUUGGACUAGGAGGAUUUUCAGAGAUUUAUAUGGCUAUUGAUAAAACAACAGGCAGACAAGUUGCAUGUAAAGUUAUCUCAAAGAUAUCUUCAAAAUUUAAUAGCUCAAAAUGUCUUCGAGAAGCACAAAUUUUAAAGAAUCUUUCUCAUCCUAAUAUUAUUCAAGUAUUUUAUGAGAUAGAAACAGAAAAAAAUUAUUUUAUUUUUGAAGAAUUAAUACAUGGUGGAGAUUUAUAUGGAUUAUGUGUUAAAUAUGGUCAACUUAAAGAAACAGACUGUAUGUUUAUAGUUUUACAAAUACUCAAAGCAAUUCAAUAUCUUCAAUCCAAAAAUGUAAUACAUCGUGAUUUGAAACCUGAAAAUAUUCUAGUAACAAGUACAUCUAUUUCUUCUGGAUUUCGUGUUGUUUUGACAGAUUUCGGUGUUGCGCAACGACUUGGAGCUUCUUCUCGAAUGAAAACAUUUGUGGGUACACCUUCAUAUCUUGCCCCAGAGAUACAUUCUUGUGCCAUCCGAAAUAAUAAUUGCGAGAAUAUCAAAGGUUAUGGAAAAGAGAUUGACUUAUGGAGUCUUGGAGUUAUUAUGUUUGCGCUUUUGGGAGGCUAUAAUCCUUUUGACAAUGGGGAAGUUACUGAAAAAGAAAUUAUGCGUAAAGUUCAAAAAGGAGAAUUUGAUUUUUCUGGAGAUUCUUGGUCUGAUGUAAGUCUUGAAGCAAAGGAUUUUAUUUCAGGACUACUACGUAAAAAGCCAUCGGACAGGUUUACAGUUGACGAUGCAUUUAAUCACAUUUGGAUAUCUCGUCAUCGUGCUAUUUUGGAAAAAGUUUAUGAUGAAAAGGUCUUAUUUAACUGGAAUAAAAAAUUAGACUAUUCUUUACAAAAAAAUUGCUAUAGCUUUUUAACAAAAAAUAAUCUAUCUGAAAUACAAUCUAAUAUACUGUCUACUAACUGUUUUUCAAACAUACUUAAAGAGCAAGAAAUAAAUGUUAAUUUUAAUAUUAUACAGAAACAAGAUGAUCUUUUAAAGAAGAAAGACAAAAGAAAAGCUACUUUUCAAACAAGAUGUAAAAAGAGAAUUCUUUUAGAAAAUACAACUGCUAUUAAUCUUCCUAAGGAAAUUUUAGAAUGGAAAUCAAAUAAAUAUUUUCGCUAG